AUGCAGUUUUUGCUGGAGCAAUGCCUACAAUGGCAAGUGUUAAAUUGUCUACACUCCGUCCUAUCGUAAAUCAUCCUCACUAUGAAGAUGCAGGAUUGAGGGCCAGAACUAAAAUAGUGUACUCUAUGUACAGUCGAAAACCUGCAAAAGAAGUAAAAAGAGAAUUGGUAAAACUAGGAGUGAAUUAUUAUAUCCUGGAAGAGUCGUUGUGUGUAAGCAGAAAAAAGCCUGGUUGCAGUAUGCCUGAAAUUUGGGAUGUUGAAGAUCCUGCUAACAGUGGCAGAAUUCCUUUGUGUACCCUUAUGAGCAAGGAUUCUAGGCCACAUUUCAUCACUGUAUUUGAAAAUAGCAAUUACAGAGUCUUGAAGAUUCCAAAGGAGUAA